AUGGGCGGCAAGCAGCGUAUUGCAAGUGAUGGUAAGACGGUGCAGCCAAAGGGUUACAGAGAGGCAGCGAUGCAGGUCAUGUUUACUUCGAAUGGCAACCAUACAGAGUUCAUAGCUAUGAUUUCAGAAGUAUCGGGCAUGGUCUUGAAAUUCUUAGGGAUACCUGGCCAAGGGUCUGCCGACGGCUUCCCAGGUUUCACCGAGAUGAACCACCAGCCAGGUCGAUUCGCGGGGCCUCUCAAGUCCGAUUGGCGCAUUCCCUGCCCGCUCGACUUCACCAUGGAGCAGCGGUGGACGCAGUGCAUGAGUGUACAGGAGACGGUUUGGGGAACGACUAAUUUGAAGCGACUGGAGGCGGUAAAGGACAAGCUGGAUCCGAGGCAUCUGUUUACCGUCCACUUCGGCGUGGGAAACAAGGAUGUUGUCGAUGCGGUGAUCUGA